AUGCAGAGAGGUCAUUUGUCGCGGCGCAGCUUCCAACCAAACGCCAUGUUGUUAUCAUUGUCAGCGCCGGACGCGUAUCUGGAGCCGGGUAUUAAUGCAUUCCGUCGCUGUAGGUCGCAAGCCAAUCCACCUGCUACAAAAACGAGUGACUUAAAAGGUCUGGACGAGUUCGGGCCUACGGUACCAUACGGUCCGGGUUUGAGCGUACCGUUCAGUGCUGGUGUUAAUGUACCAUACAGCUCAGGGUUGACUGUGCCAUACAGCUCAGGAUUAAGCGUUACACGGCCCUCAUUCGGACAAAACAGAACGUUUUCAACAGACUCAAGCCGUUCUUCACAACAAACAUCUUCAAAUUUUGUUCGUUCAUAUCAAAGAACGAGCUUAACACAACAAAUGAAACGUCAUUUACCAUGGGUGUUGUCGUCGUUUAGAUCCUCAAAACGAAGGCAACAAGUUGGUCAAUCUACCGAAUGUCAAACUACACGUUUACAAAGCUGGGACGAUCCAGAGGAACGCACGGUUUCAGCCCGUGGAGUCAUAUCAUCUUCACGAAGCGUCGAUGCUUCGGCAAAUUCAUGGAGUAGAAGCUGGAGUAUACGAAGAAGCGCUUCGGAAUACCCCAACGUUACUACAAUACAAAUUGAUGACGAUGUCGAUGAAGGAAUUGAGACUAAUUAUUGUGGAAGGUUGCAGAAGGUUCAAUUGGAAAGUGAAGAUGAAAAUGGAAAUCAACAUUUUUGUGACGUGGUAAAUUGCUUUACUUUUUAA